CCAGAUCGUGCCAUCGUGGGGGAGGGCGAGGAGGCGCCUGCCGGUGGUGGCCGCGAGGUUGAUGCGUUGCCGCCGCGCAUCGCAGUGACGACUGACGACACCCCCUCCUCUCCCCAACUCGCUGGCUCAGAGCAACGCCACCAUUGGUACCGUACACCUGACAGGCUGACCACGCAUCGACCGACCGCGCGCCAUGGCCGCCGGCAAGCUCGGCCGCUGCGCCGUCGAGGGCACUCUGCAGGGCGGUUUCCGCUUCCAGAAGCGCGCCUCCGCCUCUAGGGACUAGGGGUAGAUGGUGUUGGGGUAGGGAAGAGUGAGAGAGGAGAGAAAUGGGGGCGGUUGGCAGGGACGAGGUGGUGCAGUGGGACAAGAUGGACGGAGGUGAGGUGGUCAAUGGCGGCGGAGGUGGUGCGGGGAAGCUGGAGAGGAUACUGGUUUCAGUGAGGCUGAGGCCUCUCAGUGACAAGGAGAUUGCGAGAGGGGAUCCGACGGAGUGGGAGUGCAUCAAUGACACCGCCAUAAUCUCCCGGAGCACCUUCCCGGACAGGCCAACGGCUCCGACUGCGUACUCCUUUGAUAGGGUAUUCCGUUCUGACUGCGACACCAAACAAGUAUACAAGGAAGGGGCCAGAGAGGUUGCCCUCUCUGUAGUUAGUGGCAUUAACUCUAGUAUUUUUGCAUAUGGUCAAACAAGUAGUGGAAAGACAUACACCAUGACUGGCAUAACUGAAUAUACAGUGGAAGAUAUUUAUGAUUAUAUUGGCAAGCAUGAGGAGAGAGCAUUUGUCUUGAAAUUUUCAGCAAUAGAAAUAUAUAAUGAAGUUGUAAGGGAUCUGCUAAGUGCAGAAAACACUCCUCUUAGACUUUGGGAUGAUGCAGAGAAGGGUACCUAUGUGGAGAACCUUACAGAGGUUGUAUUAAGGGACUGGGACCACCUCAAGGAGCUUAUUUCUAUAUGUGAAGCUCAAAGGAAAACUGGGGAGACAUACUUAAAUGAAAACAGCUCCAGAUCGCAUCAAAUACUUAAACUGACAAUAGAAAGUUCUGCUCGUGAGUUCUUGGGUAAGGACAAAUCAACUACACUUGUAGCUAGUGUGAAUUUUGUUGAUUUGGCAGGAAGUGAACGUGCAUCUCAAGCAUUAUCAGCUGGUGCUAGGCUGAAGGAAGGUUGUCAUAUUAAUCGAAGUUUACUUACCCUAGGAACUGUCAUUCGGAAACUAAGCAAAGUAAGAAACGGGCACAUACCAUACAGAGAUUCAAAGCUCACUCGUAUACUGCAACCUUCUCUGGGUGGUAAUGCAAGAACUGCGAUUAUUUGUACAAUGAGUCCUGCCCGUAGCCAUAUGGAACAAUCAAGAAACGCUCUGCUAUUUGCAAGUUGUGCAAAGGAAGUAGUUACAAAUGCCCAGGUCAAUGUAGUCAUGUCUGAUAAAGCACUAGUUAAGCAAUUGCAAAAGGAGCUUGCUAGGUUGGAGAGUGAAUUACGAUAUCCUGCUACCUAUUCUAGUCUUGAAGCAUUGGUGAAGGAAAAGGAUAACCAAAUCCGAAAGAUGGAGAAAGAAAUUAAGGAAUUGAAGUUACAACGUGAUUUAGCUCAGUCUAGGCUUCAGGAUUUGCUUCAUGUUGUUGGAAAUAACCAUGUCUCAAAGCAAUCCCUGGCUUCUGGGAGGAACUUUACCUUCGAUGUUCCACAGACACAUGAAGAUGAACAAUCAACAACCGAGUCAUCAGAAGUUGUUGAUAGUGUCCAAAUUUUUAGGUUUCAAGGCCAGCGAGCGGCACAAAAGGAACAUAAGCCUCAGCAAUCUGAAAAUAAUGUGCAGUUUACUACUCCAUCUAGGUAUUCAGUCAGCAGUCCUCCCUUUAGUGGGAUGCCCCCAACUAACAUAAGAGAUGAUCUCCCACAGAUCUCUAAUGAAGAUUCAGAUGAUAUUUGCAAAGAGGUACGGUGUAUAGAAACCAAUGAAACAGGAAGAAAUGAGUGUUUGGAAUCAUCGGUCAUGCAGAGCAAUAGUUUGCAAGACUCCAAUGCAGAUUCUAGUAUGCACAUAAAUAUUGAUUCAAAUCCAUCCGUGAGUUCCAGGCUUCACAAUGAAUCACUUAUUACCUUGGAGCAACAUUUGGAAAAUGUCAGAAAACCUUUUACUAGUAUUGUAAAAGAUCUGGGAUCUUCAACACGUAAUUCAUCGAGCUCUAAAGUGCUGGGUAGGAGCAGGAGCUGUAGGUCUCUUACCGGUUCUAGUUUAUUUGAAGAUUUGGAGAAGGAUGAUCGCACCCCACCAAACAGAAGUUUCAUAGACUUCCCUGGGAGACCUCAAAAUUGUCAAAGAAUGGGGUCUGCACUGAACUAUGAUGCUGAGAGUGAGACUCUAUCAAGGGCAGGGUCAAUGCUUUCUGAAAUUACUACUACGAGGGGUGGACUGAAGACAAACAAUUCUGUUGCAGGUGACACAGAGUUUACUGGCAUAGGUGAAUUUGUUGCUGAACUGAAAGAAAUGGCACAAGUUCAGUACCAGAAGCAACUUGGCGGACAGAGUGAAAAUGGAGACUUGGCAGAAGGGACCAUCCAGAGUAUAGGACUCAAUCCGAUUACAGAUGCCCUGCGAUCACCUUCUCGAUGGCCCCUGGAAUUUGAAAAGAAACAAGAAGAGAUUAUUGACCUUUGGCAUGCAUGCAAUGUUUCUUUGGUCCAUAGGACCUACUUUUUCUUGCUAUUCAAAGGAGACGCAGCUGACUCCAUUUACAUGGAAGUUGAGCUUAGGAGGUUAACAUUUCUCAAAGAUACCUACUCCAGUGGAGCAGUAGCUAGUAUCCCGAAUAUCUCUCUAGUUUCAAGUGCCAAGAAGUUGCAUCGUGAAAGAGAGAUGCUCUGCAGGCAGAUGCAAAGGAGGCUCUCGAUUGAGGAACGAGAGAGCAUGUACACCAAAUGGGGUGUCACGCUGACCUCCAAGAGGAGAAGGCUACAAGUCGCACGUCGCCUUUGGACCGAAACCAAAGAUCUGGAGCAUGUCAGAGAGAGUGCAUCCCUUGUUGCUAGACUGAUCGGACUCCUUGAGCCAGGGAAAGCCCUGAGGGAGAUGUUUGGGUUAAGUUUCGCACCACAGCAAUUCACUCGGAGAUCAUACAAUAGCUGGAGGUAUGGUGCUCUUCUCUGAACUGAUCGAAGUUGAACCCACAAGACGCAACUGACAAAAGGAUCUUUAACAGUUUUCCUGUUUUAUUUUGAUUUUAGGCAUGUUCUUUUGUAUAAUAUAUAUGUAGCUCACUUGCUAUUUUUUGAUUAAAUGAAAACUUUGGUAAGAUAUAUUUAUCAAUUUAUCUAUUUUAACAUGAUAUAUG